AUGUUAAUCUCGACAGUAAAGACACUUGAUAAAAUUAUCUAUCUAUCUAUCUAUCUAUCUAUCUAUCUAUCUAUCUAUCUGAUAAAGUUCAGAGAAAUACGCAUAUAUGCAUAUCUGCAUCUAUCUAUCUAUCUAUCUAUCUAUCUAUCUAUCUAUAUCUAUCACAAUUCUUUGAUCCUAUCUAUCUAUCUAUCUAUCUAUCACUGUUUCUAUCUAUCUCUAUCUAUCUAUCUACAAUCUAUGAUCCUAUCUAUCUAUCUAUCUAUCUAUCUAUCUAUCUAUCUAUCACAAUCUGAUCCUAUUCUAUCUAUCUAUCUAUCUAUCUAUCUAUCUAUCUAUCUAUCUAUCAAUCUGUUUCUAUCUAUCUAUCUAUCUAUCUAUCCUUCCUUCCUAUCUAUCUAUCUAUCUGUUUUUCUUUUAUCUAUCUAUCCAACACACAUCAACUAUCUACAUCUACAUACAUACAUACAUCUAUCUAUCUAUCUAUCUAUCUAUCUAUCUAUCUAUAUCUAUCGGACUCAUCUCCUUAAAUCUAACGUUGUACAGAGUGAAACCGCCUUUUCAUCAAGAUUGGACAUAACGCCAGUGGCCCAACAAGGUCUGAGACAACCAGAAACAAUUUACUUUCAGGUCAUAUUAUGCCGGCUUUCCUUUCCUACAUCUUCCUUCCUUUUUUCGUUCGUUCGUUCCUUUCUAUCUAUCUAUCUAUCUAUCUAUCUAUCUAUCUAUCUAUCUAUCUAUCUAUUACAGUCUCUUAUCUCUUUUUUUGCACCCCGAAAUUUCUAUUUAUCCGUGACUCAUUUUGUUCAUUAUAACUUUCCUAUCGAUCUGGCUAACCUUCCUUCCUUCCUUCCUUCCUUCCUUCCUUCCUUCCUUCCUUCCUUCCUUCCUAUCUAUCUAUCUAUCUAUCCCAGUCUCUUAUAUCUCUUUUGUACCUCUAUAUUUAUCUCUCUCUCUCUCUUUCUCUGUCUCAGUCUGUGUCCUUCCUUCAUUUCUAUCUUUUUGCGUGUUUAUGCUGUAUAUAAGCAUAUUAUAGUUGUCUACUUGUCAACAUCAUUUGUUAUUUAA